AUGCCCUCUGCUUUGGUUGGCCAGACGGUCACCCCUUUCCUCAAGGAACAUGUUCCCAGCCUCUAUGCACCCGUCUCCAAGAUCGAUGCCUCCCACACCCACGACCAUGAGCAACCGCUCUCCCAGAACUGGAACAGCAAGUACUGCUACCGUCACCGCCCCGACUCCAAGUGUCGCAAGGCCGCCGACGAGGACAAGAUGGCUAUGAUUCAGACCGAACUUGAGAAACUCCCCUCAGCCGACCAACAAGCCAUUACUCACGUCUGGAGUCUCUUCUCCGCCGCACCCGGCAAGCACAGGGAGCUGAUGAUCCAGGGGAUCCUGUCGUCGUCCUGCUUUCCCCAGCUGAGCCUCGUGUCCCGAGAGGUCCAGGCCCAGCUCAAGAUUGACUUCAUCUCUGCCCUCCCUGUCGAGAUCUCCUUCAAGAUCCUGUCCCACCUCGACACCGUGUCGCUGUGCAAGGCCGCCCAGGUCUCAAGGCAGUGGCGUCAGCUGGCCGAUGAUGACGAUGUCUGGCACAGAAUGUGCGAGCAGCACAUCGACAGGCAGUGCACCAAGUGUGGCUGGGGCCUGCCGCUCCUCGAGAGGAACAGGCUGCGCAACUGGACACGGCGGCGACAGCUUGCGGCUGCCCAGAAGUCGACAGAGUCGGCCUCUCUGAGCCUCAUCCCCCUCUCGCCACCAACACUACCCCGACCGAACUCACCAAAGGUGCCGAGCUCACCAAAGCGCAGCCUAGACGACGACGAGGAUGACUUUGCCUCUAAGCGCAGGUGCGUGUCUCGUAGCGACUCGACAGCCGAGGAUGCCGUUCGUCAGAAGCGGCCUUGGAAGGAUAUCUACCGUGACCGGUGGCAGAUCGGUGUCAACUGGAAGCUCAUGCGCUAUUCGCUCAAGACGUUCAAGGGUCACACGAAUGGCGUGACUUGCCUGCAAAUCUGGGACGAUACUACCCUGGCCACUGGGUCCUACGACAAUACCAUCAAGAUCUGGAAUCUCGAGACUGGCGAGGAGGUCAGGACCCUGACCGGCCACACCCGCGGCAUCCGGUCCCUGCAGAUGGACAACCACAAGCUGCUCAGUGCCAGCCUGGACGGGACGGUCAAGAUCUGGAACUGGCGCACGGGCCAGUGUGUCCGAACCCUUUCGCCCCAUUCCGACGGUGUCAUAUCGGCGCAUUUCCAGGGCGAUGUGAUGGCCAGCGGGAGCAUUGACCACACCAUCCGGGUGUACAACUUCAAGACGGGCACCACGUUUUGCCUGAAGCAUCACGACGACUGGGUCAACAACGUCAAGGUCGACAUGGUCAGCCGGACCCUGCUCUCCGCGUCCGACGACUGCACCAUCGUGCUCUGGGACCUCGACACGCGUGAGAUCAUCCGAGAGUUCGUAGGCCACGUCGGCCACGUGCAGCAGGUCCUCGGCCUGCCUCACGACUUCGAGCCUGAUGAGGACCCAGCCGCCGCAGCCGCCGCUCACGAUUCCACCGACACCAUGUCCGUUGCCAGCGGCAAGAGCUCCUCUCCGAUCGGUGGACAGGUCACCGACCUGGAACUGCGGGCGACGUAUGGACCCGGCUUUGUGGACAACCCGGAUCGGCCCCUGCCUGCCCGCUACAUCCUCUCUGGUGGGCUCGACGCCGGCCUGAAGCUGUGGGAUACCUCCACCGGCAACGUCGUGCGCGACCAGUGGGGUCAUCUGGAGGGCAUCUGGUCUGUCGAAUCCGACAGCCUGAGGAUGGUCACCGGUGCCAACGACAGCCUGGUCAAGACCUGGGACCCACGCUCCGGUCGAUGCACGGGAACCUUUGCAGGCCACACCGGCCCUGUGACAUCCGUCGCUGUAUCUGACGCCCUCAUGGCAUCUGGAAGCGAGGAUGGAGAAGUGAGAUUGUAUAAUUUCAAGUUGAGUGAUGGGUGUAGGCGGUCAACCAGCCCUAGCACGCCGUCGGCGUCUUGA